UUGGACCUUUACUUCUACGAAGAAAACAAAGAUAAGGACGAUAAAGAUAAAGUUCUCUUUGCAGCAUCCUAUAUGAGAGGAGAUGUAGGAGAAUGGAUCCGACCCUAUAUCACGAAGUACUUGGAUAUCGAUGAUGAUAACGUUAACCCUAACUACGUAUAA